CAACAACCCCUUCAAGGAUUCCAGCUCCGGUAAGUUCCGUGCUCUUCACUCACCUCUCUUCCUUCAUCAGUAAAUCUCUCCCUCUCUCUCUCUCUCUCUCUCUCUCUCUCUCUUCUCUAAUCGGUGCUUCUGAAAAGCUUCAACUUGGAAAUUUGAUUUCUGAAGAUGCCGGCUGCAAGGCCCAAUACAUUGGACAGAGAUGGUGAACUAUUUGUUGAAGUUGACCCUACUGGACGGUUUGGGCGAUAUGAUGAUCUGCUUGGUGCUGGUGCUGUUAAGAAGGUUUAUCGGGCAUUUGAUCAAGAGGAAGGUACAGAGGUGGCAUGGAAUCGAGUGCGGUUGAGGAAUUUUAUUGAAGAUCCAGUUCUCAUUAAUAGGCUCCAUUCUGAAGUUAAGUUGUUAAGAACAUUAAAAAACAAGUACAUCAUUGUUUGCUACAGUGUUUGGUUGGAUGAAGACCUUGGUACAUUGAAUUUUAUUACUGAGGUGUGUACAUCUGGAAAUCUAAGAAAUUACAGGAAGAAGCAUCGCCAUGUCUCCUUGAAAGCCUUGAAGAAAUGGUCGAAGCAGGUACUUGAGGGGUUAGAGUAUCUCCAUACACACGACCCAUGCAUUAUUCACAGAGAUCUGAAUUGCAGCAACAUCUUUGUUAAUGGGAACGUUGGCCAGGUGAAAAUUGGUGACCUUGGCUUUGCAACAAUAGUGGGGAAGAGCCAUGCAGCGCAUUCAGUCAUAGGCACACCAGAAUAUAUGGCACCAGAGCUGUAUGAGGAGGAUUACACUGAGUUGGUGGACAUAUACUCUUUUGGAAUGUGCUUGCUAGAGAUGGUUACAACAGAGAUACCAUACAGUGAAUGUGACAGUGUUGCCAAGAUAUACAAGAAGGUGACAACUGGAGUAAAGCCUCAAGCCUUGAACAAGAUAGAAAAUCCAGAAGUGAAGGUUUUUAUUGAGAAGUGCAUAGCUGAGCCAAGGGCAAGACCUUCAGCCUCUGAUCUUCUCAAGGAUCCCUUCUUUUUUGAAGUCAACAAUGAUGAUGAGUCGGAGGACCCAGAAGCUUAAUGUUUCAGGUGAACUCUAUGCUUGAAGGUCUUUGACGUUUCUUUGAAUCAGUGCCACCGAUAGUUAGGUUUCUAAUGGAAGUAUGAAUCUAAAACUACUAACCGCAACUCCUCUCCCUGCUCUGAUGUAAAUAAAUAAAGGUAGUUGUGUCUGUUUUAGAAGGUUGGCUCGUUUUGCUAAUAGGAUGUUAUUGUAAAUGUGUUCUACUAAGAAAUAUCUACAGUUAAUUUUCAAAAUUUUUCUCAAUAAUUUUUAUAUUGUUUC